AUGAGUUAUGGUGGGGCUGGGAGGAUAGAGGGGGGCGGGUUUGGUGGGGGGAUGGGGGGGGGAUCGACUAGCAAGCACCUGCUGGAGAUUGAAGUGGUGGGCUCGAAACGGAGAGUGUGGGCGGCGGAGAGCAAGCAGGAGUGCCGUCGAUGGGUGAGCGCGAUCAAGGCAGCGAUGACGGAAAGGCCGGUCAACCCGGACGAGACAAUCUUGGGGGAGGACCAGCUGCCGAUCAUUCCCCACGAUUCGUGCCACAGACAUCACAUGGAAAGCUACCUUUCCGCACGGGGGUUCCUUCGAAACGCUACAUCCACCGAGGACUAUCUUUCGGCCCUCAAGGGGUUGAUGGCUGAAGUAGGGAGAGGAACAGGAGGCGGUUUGCAAGAGGGGGGCGAGAAGGACAGCUCAAUGGGGGUCCCGGUGAAGUGGGUAAAGCAGCAGCUACCGGGGUCGGAAAGGGUCUACCAGGCAUCAGGGCGGGGGCGUGGUAAGUCGGAGCUGGCGCAGUUGUGGAAGGACAUGAAGCGAGACACGGUGUCGAUUAACGGGAGGGUGAUGACGGGGGAGCGAGGGCCAGAGGGCAUCAUAGGAGCUUUGACGCGGUGCAUUCUCGCUCAGGCUGGGAGACUAUCCGCGUCGGACUCUUUGUCCAAGCUGUCGGAAGCUCAGAGUUUAUUGGCCGCGCGCGAUGUGCUCCUCGCCUGCGAUCGGACUACUUCCGGUGGAGACACUUACCUCGUGGUGGACAACCUGUGCCGAAACCCCCCGCUAGUGGUGCUGGUGCCCGCUUCGCAAGAGGCGGAGCCGCUUGAUAUAACGGUUACCCUCCAUCCGCGCGCGGCACAAGUGCAAACACAAGGGCACAAGCAGAGCCCAUCGCGACAUUAUCGCCAUACGAUCGACGGUGGGACGAAGGGCCCCCAACCGAACAGCCCACCAUCUCCUGGGGAGCUGCCCGAGCCACCCUCCCCUUCGUCUCUCGGUAGCGGUUCCGCGGCGGCGAGCCCUUCCUUCGGGCAUCGGAGCAGCGGUGUGCAAAGAAGCCCUCCUAGCGCGAGAAAUAGCGAAGGGGGCUUUACCUCCCCCGGCGGGGGCGGGGAUGGAGACACGAAAGCCCAGCAUCAGCCGGUGGGGAAAGGGGGGGGGAGGAACGGGGUUCAGACAGGCGGCGGGGUUAAGCGCCGAGGUCGGCUGAAGAUCCCAGGUAGCGGAAGAGUAACAUUGACGCGUACGGGGAGCGCUAUGGGGGGGCGGGUGGCGCCGACCACGCUGCCGGUGCCGCCGGACAUGCGGCAGGCCGCCUCCUGGGACGGCGGAACGCAAUCCUUGGCGGCAACGGCGCCGGCAGGGCUAGGGCGGCCAUGGGCCGAAGACGAGGGAGAAGCAGUCGCUUCUCCGACAGGACAGCGGAAACCCGGCCUCGUGAGCUCCAAGACAUAUGGCGCAGACGGCGGGGAGGGUAGCGGUGCCACUGGCGGAGGAAUUUUUGCUUCGCUUGCCCGACGCCGAAGCGUGGAUCAGGCUGCGGGGUACUCGGGCAGCAACGUAGGGCUUAACAGUAAGAGGAGUGUUCCAUACGCGAUGUCGGCAAUUGGACAGGGUGACAGCAGUGGCAAGGGCCACAAGGAGGGGGGGGUGCGCGGUGGGUUGAGCUCGGCGCCUGCCGCCGCCCUUGCGAGUUACAAGAUGUUCUUUGGGGACACCGACGACGGAGGGGAAGAGUCGGGGUCCUCGAACGACGAGGAAGACGGACCUCUGUUCAGGACGAGCUACAUUCAAGUCACGUGCACCGCCCGGACGUCUUACAAGUUGUUCUCGAGCGACCCGCAGGACGAAGAGAGGGAUGUGUACGCUGUGGUGACGGGACUGUUCGAGCAGUCGUUUACGAUCUCGAGAGAGUUUCCUGCGGGGAGCGGCAGCCGAGCAUCGUCGGGGAUGGGAAAUGCUACUAGAACAGAGGGGAGCGUUGCGUUUCUCACCUUUCACGACCCAGCUAUCAAGCGGCAGAGUCUCGACAAGGGCGCCGCGGGGGACAUCAAAGUAGCAUUUGAAACCGAGAGAGCUAAGAUGGGGGUCGAGGAAGCAAGGGACCUAACUUCUAAUGCAAAAGAGGGAGGCACUAUUGGCUACAACCCCUUCGACGACGAGAGCGACGACGAAAGCGGCGGCGGCGGCGACGGCGACACGUUGGGAGCAAGUGGGCUUGAUGCCCGCACCUUGCUUCCGCCUGAUUUUUGCAACGGCUCGGUCUCUAGGGAGGAGGGGGAGGUGGGAGGGAGGGGUGAGGUGCUCGUGAGCGAGGCGACGUCGGCCGCAACGGCGGACAACAGCCGAAAUCCCAACAACGAUAGACCGUUAGACGACGGGAGGAAACAUGCAACAGUGGUAAACAUGCCACCACAGCACGAAAGCAGAUCAUCAGAGCCCGUCGGGGGCGACUUGUUUGGGGAGGGGCCGGAAGAACGAGAAGAGAGAAGACGCAAAGGGUACGGGUUUGCGCCAUGCGAGGAAGACCCCACCACCGCCGCUGACGGCGAAGUCGUAAAUAUGACGGCAACCGCGGCGUUGACACCAGAUUCAGGGGGCCCGGUGACGUUUUCGCCAGGGCCAGCCUCACCCCGCUCGGGGGUCUGUAGCAUCGAGACACCACCAUCACUGGCGGCAGGUUCACCAUCACCCGCCAACAGCCCGUCCGUGGAGAGAACGGUCUCUCGGGUCACGGGACUAUUGCGACGUUUCAGCAGCAGGGAUAUCGUCGAUCCCGAUCCCGCCGAGACCCUCCGCCUGGAACCAUUAGAGAUUGAUUCAGAUGACUACGGUGCAUAA